AUGCGUCGAUCAGUCACGUCAUGAACGGUUUUUCGUUAAAACGUUAACUCGCGUUCUCUCUCUCUCUCUCUCACGCGCACGCACACGCAGACGCCCACGCACACGGAUUGAUCUGAGAUUCAUUCUUCCAAUAAUCAAUAUCAAUCUCAUUUUAGUCCCACAGUUUCCAGUGAAUCAGGACCAGCAUUGUUCUUCGAUCUUGAAAUGGCGACAAUGGAGAGCUUGAUUGGGCUUGUGAACCGAAUCCAACGAGCUUGCACCGUCCUCGGGGAUCACGGCGGCGAGGGCAUGUCUCUCUGGGAAGCUCUUCCUUCAGUUGCCGUCGUUGGAGGCCAGAGUUCCGGGAAAUCAUCAGUCUUGGAAAGUGUGGUGGGGAGGGAUUUCCUGCCUCGUGGAUCGGGUAUUGUUACAAGGAGACCAUUGGUAUUGCAACUUCAUAAAACAGACAAGGGGCAGUCUGAAUAUGCAGAGUUUCUUCACGCACCAAGGAAGAAGUUUGCUGAUUUUGCUUCUGUGCGUAAAGAGAUUCAAGAUGAAACAGAUCGCAUAACUGGGAAGACAAAACACAUCUCAAACAUUCCAAUUCAUCUCAGCAUUUAUUCUCCAAAUGUUGUAAAUUUAACCCUCAUUGAUCUUCCUGGGUUGACAAAGGUUGCCGUAGAGGGACAACCAGACACCAUUGUUGAAGAUAUUGAAAACAUGGUUCGUUCUUAUGUUGAGAAGCCAAACUGCAUAAUAUUGGCUAUUUCUCCUGCUAAUCAAGAUAUUGCCACUUCAGAUGCUAUAAAGCUUGCAAGGGAAGUUGAUCCUUCAGGUGACAGAACAUUUGGAGUGCUGACGAAACUUGAUCUGAUGGACAAGGGAACCAAUGCUUUGGAUGUCCUUGAAGGAAGGUCAUACAGGCUGCAGCAUCCUUGGGUUGGAAUAGUGAACCGUUCACAAGCUGACAUCAACAAGAAUGUUGACAUGACUUUUGCUCGUCGGAAGGAGCAAGAAUAUUUUGAAAGUAGCCCUGAGUAUGGACACUUGGCACAUAAAAUGGGGUCUGAGUAUCUUGCAAAACUUUUGUCCAAGCAUUUGGAGACCGUCAUCAGGCAGCGUAUACCGAGUAUUAUUGCUUUAAUAAAUAAAACAAUUGAUGAGCUUAAUGCAGAGUUGGACCGUAUUGGCAGGCCUAUUGCUGUAGAUGCAGGGGCCCAGCUGUACACCAUUUUGGAAAUGUGUCGUGCAUUUGACCGUGUAUUUAAGGAACAUCUAGAUGGAGGGCGACCUGGUGGAGAUAAGAUCUAUGGGGUUUUUGACCAUCAGCUACCUGCUGCUUUAAAAAAGCUUCCCUUUGAUCGCCAUCUUUCUUUACAUAAUGUCAGAAAGGUUGUUUCCGAGGCAGAUGGUUAUCAACCCCAUCUGAUUGCUCCAGAACAAGGAUAUAGAAGGCUUAUUGAUGGAUCUCUCAGCUACUUCAAAGGCCCCGCUGAAGCCUCUGUUGAUGCUGUCCAUUUUGUUUUGAAGGAAUUAGUACGGAAGUCAAUAGCUGAGACACAGGAACUGAGGCGAUUCCCAUCACUACAAGCUGACAUAGCAGCUGCAGCAACAGAAGCAUUGGAAAGAUUUCGUGAAGAAAGCCGGAAAACAGUUACAAGGCUAGUGGAAAUGGAAUCAAGUUAUCUGACAGUUGAGUUUUUUCGGAAGCUCCAUCUUGAGCCAGAAAAGACUGCGAAUCCAACAGGCCCAAAUAUGGACCGCUACACAGAAAACCAUCUUAGAAGGAUUGGAUCAAAUGUCACAGCUUAUGUUGGUAUGGUUUGUGAUACAAUGAAGAAUUCUAUCCCCAAGGCUAUUGUUUUCUGCCAAGUUCGAGAGGCUAAGCGAUCAUUGCUCAACCACUUCUAUGCUCAAGUUGGGAGGAGAGAGAAGGAGCGGCUUGGUGCAAUGCUGGAUGAGGACCCUGCACUCAUGGAAAAGAGAGAAACCAUUGCUAAGAGGCUUGAAUUGUACAAGUCUGCAAGAGACGAGAUUGACUCGGUGGCAUGGAAAUGAUGGAAACUCGGUUGCAAAUGAUUCAUAUUACACAUUUUUCUUUCUUUCCAUAUAGAAAACGACAUGCAAUCAUUAACAAAGCGAAUUCUCUUAUUCUUUUUGUAAUACAAACAAUUAAAGCCCAUACAAACUGGAAGAGCUUGGAGUUGCGCUGUGCA